AUGAACCCUUCCAUCACCAGUGCAGACACACGCGCAUACACACAUGAAAAAGCUGUGAUGUGGACAACACGCCCAGAAUACAUGCCCAGAGGCAGGACCACUCUACAGACGGGGCACAGCGCUUCCAGCCUGCAGGCGGAGCCCCAAGUGAGGCCCAUCCAUUACAAAACCAGCGUUUCCGGUGAGAGCGCUCGAGAGCCCUCCUGCAGUCCUGCACUUGACCCCUCUGCCUCACAAAACCCUCCCACACGGAGUCAGAUAAAGCUUCGCUCCGGGGCGGUGACAAGCCGCGGCUCUGCUGGGCUUCAUCUGCAGCUGGCAGCACAGAAGGCCCUGCUGCCCUGCAAACAGCCCUGA